UCGAAAGACAGCGAAACAAACUGUCCCGUACUCGCCGAGAAAGCCCAGACAGCUGAUUAUAUUCCGGGAGAAAUUAGUCUUUGCUUUCUGAAAAGUUUUAUCGGAAUUAAAUCUGGGACUUAGCGCAGAAAGCUGCUGCAAGAGAUUGAACUCAGUCGGCACGGCGUUUGUUUCAUUCAUUUCUACCUAUGUUUAUCAGCGCAGGUACUCAAAUGGGGUUUGCGAUGGAUUUUUAGCCGGUUUUAGAUUUAUUAGGCUAUAGAUUUGUGUGAAGUUAGUUUUACGUGACCCACCCAGUUGGACUUCCGUGCGUUUUUUUCCAAAAAUCGAACAAACCUUUCAGGAUUGUACUUCCAUCUUCUAGAAUUUUGACUUUGAGUCCUGGAGGAAUUAUGAUGUGCUUUGUGCGUGUCGUGUUGGGUUUCACUGCUGUUCUGUGCGUUAACGCUGCGCAGGGAACAUGGGAGGAAACUACAGUGAUACCAGUCAAACUUGAAUCUCACGAGCGCAAAUCUACCCUUUCUCCAGAGGCUCAGGAAAAAGAAUCAGAAAAGCUUUUCUAUCAGUUGGACAUCUUUGGGGAUCGGGUAAUGCUGGAGUUGGAGCCGGACCAGACUUUCUUGGCGCCUGGGUUUGUCUUCCAUGUGGUGGGGAAACCCUUCAGCCAGCAGGAGUUUGACAGCUCAGAGGAGGCGCGAUGCUUCUACUCGGGAACGGUGAACAGCAAGAAAAACUCAGCAGCCGCUAUAAACGUCUGUCAUGGAUUGAGAGGUGGCUUCUACAUCGGUGAAGAAGAAUACUUCAUUCAACCCACCAAUACCAGUGCAACAGCCUACUCUUCAGAAGGAGACCUCCACAUCAUUCGACGCAGAAGUAGAGGGCCUGUUGCGGACGGUAGCUCCAAGUGCGGUGUGAACGAGGAAGAGGAAAAGGUUCCUGAAAAUCAUGAGACGAAUUCAAACAAGGAGCCCUUCUCAACAGGUUCUCAAGAACACCGUCGGUCCCGCCGCUUUGUAUCCAUCCCACGAUAUUUGGAGAUCAUGAUCGUGGCAGAUCAGUCUAUGGCAGAGUUCCAUAGGAGUGGACUGAAGCCUUACCUGCUGACUAUAAUGGCAGUAGCAUCUCGUCUGUACCGCCACCCAACUAUUCAUAACUCCAUCACUCUGGCUGUGGUGAAGCUGCUGGUGAUAUAUGAUGAGGAACAGGGCCCAGAUGUCUCCACCAACGCUGCCCUCACCUUGAGGAACUUCUGUCAGUGGCAAAGGCAGCACAACCCCCCCAGUGACCGCCACCCAGAGCAUUACGAUACGGCCGUGCUGUUCACUAGACAGGAUCUGUGUGGGGCUCAUUCUUGUGACACACUGGGAAUGGCUGAUGUGGGCACAGCGUGUGAUCCCGACCGAAGCUGCUCCAUUAUUGAGGAUGAUGGACUGCAAGCAGCCUUCACUGUUGCACAUGAACUGGGUCACGUGUUCAACAUGCCCCAUGAUGAUGCCAAACAGUGUGCUAGCAUCAAUGGGGAUCACUGGGGUUCCCACAUGAUGGCUUCCACACUGUCUAAUCUGGACCAGAUGCGGCCUUGGUCUCCCUGCAGUGCACUGAUGGUCACAACCUUCCUGGAUAAUGGCCAUGGUCAGUGUCUGCUAGACAAGCCCCAGAGACCCCAGCAACUUUCCCAGGCCCUGCCAGGUUCGGUGUACGAUGCUGACCAUCAGUGCCGUCUCACAUUUGGGGAGGAGUCACAGCACUGCCCUGACCCGAGCACAACCUGUGCAGCUCUCUGGUGCACUGUCACCACUACAAAUGGUCUGCUUGUCUGCCAGACCAAGAAUUUUCCAUGGGCUGAUGGAACACCAUGUGGACAUGACAGCUACUGUAUGGCAGGCCAGUGUUUGAGCAAGAGGCAAGCAGCCAUCUAUCAGAUGCCAGUCAAUGGUGCAUGGGGACCGUGGGGACGUUGGGGUGACUGCUCACGCACCUGUGGAGGUGGUGUGCAGUACUCUUUCAGGGACUGUGACAACCCCUUGCCUAAGAACGGAGGAAAAUAUUGUGAGGGUAAAAGAAUUCAGUAUCGAUCCUGCAAUACGGAGGCCUGCCCUGAUAGCAAUGGUUUGAGCUUUCGUGAAGAGCAGUGUUUGGCCCAUAAUGACAUCUCCUCCCAGGUGUCCUUUGGUUCGGGUGAGGGUGUUGAGUGGGUACCAAAAUAUGCUGGUGUAUCACCCAAGGACCGAUGCAAACUAGUCUGCAGAGCAAAGGGAACAGGCUACUUUUUCAUUCUCAAGCCAAAGGUGGCCGAUGGGACACCUUGCACCCCCGAUUCCACAUCAGUGUGUGUUCAAGGCCAGUGCGUUAAGGCAGGAUGUGACCGUGUGAUUGGCUCAAGCCAACGGUUUGAUAAAUGUGGCGUCUGUGGAGGAGAUGGCUCCACUUGCAAGAAAGUGUCUGGAUCCUUGGACCGUGCAAGACCUGGCUAUCAGGAUGUGGUGACAGUCCCUGCUGGUGCCACCCACCUCGAUAUUAAACAGCGAACCCCCGGUGGCCGUCGCCACGACAGAAGUUACCUGGCAGUCCGCCGGCAAGAUGGCACCUACCUGCUAAAUGGUGACUACAAGCUUACAACUCUGGAGACUGACAUUUCCCUGCGAGGGGCAUUACUGCGCUACAGCGGUUCCUUGGCCACUAUCGAGCGCUUGCGCAGCUUUGCUGCUCUCCCAGAGCCGCUGACAGUUCAAGUACUGUCAGUGAGCGGCUCUCCUCGGCCCCGCAUCAAGUACAGCUACUUCGCCCCGCGUCCUGUUUCUGCCACGUCUGGCUCAAACCGACGGCCCAUCAAUGCCAUCAGAGAAGUAGGAGGUGCAGAGUGGACCCUACGUGAGUGGGGACCCUGCUCACAGACCUGCGGAGAAGGUGCACAGAAAAGGGAUGUCCUCUGUCUAGAUGCCCAGGGCCGACCAUCAAAAGACUGUCCCGAAGAGCUGCGUCCCCUUUCCACUCGCCCCUGUAAACAGGCCUGCCCAUCUUGGCUUGUAAGUGAGUGGUCAGCCUGUUCCAAGACCUGUGGACGAGGCUUCCGGAAACGUACCUUGAGAUGCGUGGGGCAUGAUGGUCAAACCUUGCCGCACGACAGCUGCAAUGCAAAAGAUCGGCCACGACCCCUCCUGGACUUGUGUACUGAGAUUGUCUGUUAAGAUUGGCUAGGGACUAGCAAUUGUGACUGUAAUCCUGCUAAUUGUGUCUAAAGCAGUGAUACAGGUUUUGGGAUCCCAGGGACCCCUCAUGACAGUGACUGCAAUUAGCCUCAAUCCUAUGCUAGAACUCCCACUCCUCCAACACAGUACAGGGCACAAGGCUGGCACACUGCGCGUCUGUCACAAAACAAGAUGGAGGAGGAGUGCAUGGGCCAUGUAAGGGCACCUCUGCUGCUUAAGGUGCUACUGUCAUGUAUGUAGCUCUGUGAGUGUGAGUGUGUUAAAGUGAGUGAUUGUUUGAAAAUCUCUAGUCUACAUAUUUGUACUGUCUGUCUGAGCUGGACUGGACAGACAGGUCUGCUUCAGAAAUAUAUAUGACAGGAUCCACAGAAUGGAAAAA